UUUGGGAUUGUUGUGAUGGGAGGCCGCAGCCAUCUUGGAUCAGCGCCGCUCCACACCGAGCAGCAGGAGAGGACGGACGUUCACGGCAGCGCCAGUUAGCUAACGUUAGCUGCUCGGCCAGGUUAACCACAAUCCGCGUCGCUGUGCGGUGCGACUAUGCUUCACAUUAACGUUACAGACGCUAUUUUUCUCCGUUAGCAGCCGCUUUGAGAGCAUAAAAAUGGGUACAAAGUGUGUUAAGCGGUUAACGUUAUAACUCCGGAGAGGGCGGCGGCGGCGCAGAUCCUCGGUAUAUUUUUUAAAUUUCUGGAUAGAGGAGUUACUAUGAAUGGAGGAUAAAUGUUGCCAAAGGCUGACAGCAGCAGUUUCGUCCUCUUCUCUCUUCUCUUCGUCCUCACGUUAACGGACCCACCACGGACAGGUCCGCGGCUAGCUCUGGCAAGAUUAUUGUCAGAGCAGCGCUGCAGCCCUGGGCAGUUUGCCUGCCGCAGUGGGAAGAUGCAAUGUAUCCCAAUGUCCUGGCAGUGUGACGGCUGGACAGCAUGUGAGGACAAGAGUGACGAGAUGGACUGUCCCCCUAUAAAAGAGGAAAGGUUUCGUUUUGGCAACGGAUAUGACCAGGUAGAAGAUGUCAUCGGUGUGGCUCAGCCCGUGCGUUUCAACAAGAAAUGCCCCAGUGGGUGGCACCACUACGAGAAGACGGCCAGCUGUUACAAAGUGUACCUGAGGAACGAGAACUACUGGCAGGCCGUGGACACUUGUCAGAAAGUCAACGGCUCGUUGGCCACUUUUGUCACCAACGAGGAGCUGCAGUUCAUACUGAAGAUCGAGGUGGAUUUUGACGACAAGGUCUGUGAGCGCAGAGACCAGUGCAAGUUUUGGGUGGGCUACCAGUAUGUGAUCACCAAUCAGAACCACUCCCUGGAGGGCCGCUGGGAGGUUGCUUACAAAGGAUCGAUGCAGGUUUUUCUGCCACCUGAGGGUCUAACCAAUUUUGGGGAGGCGUCUCCCACGCAGGACAACGUCUUCUGUGCCCAGCUGCAGCGCUUUCAGAUCAAAAGCAUGAAUGAGCGAGGCCUGCACAGCUGGCACGCUGAGAACUGCUACAAGAAGUUCCCCUUCCUCUGCAAAAGGAGGCAAACGUGUGUGGAUAUAAAAGACAACGUUGUAAACGAGGGCUACUACUUCACCCCUAAAGGGGACGACCCGUGUCUGAGCUGCACGUGUCACGACGGCGAGCCUGAGAUGUGUGUGGCAGCUUUGUGUGAGCGUCCGCAGGGCUGCCAGCACUUCCGCAAGGAUCCUAAAGAGUGCUGCAAGUUCACCUGCCUGGACCCAGAUGGAAACAGCCUGUUUGACUCGAUGGCCAGCGGUAUGAGACUGAUCGUCAGCUGCAUCUCGUCCUUCCUCAUCCUCUCCCUGCUGCUCUUCAUGGUGCACAGGCUCCGUCAGCGGAGACGUGAACGCAUCGAAACUCUGAUUGGCGGAAACUUGCACCACUUUAACCUUGGAAGACGAGUCCCAGGCUUUGACUACGGCCCGGAUGCCUUUGGCACCGGCCUCACUCCCCUGCAUCUGUCUGAUGAUGGAGAGGGAGGCGCUUUCCAUUUCCAAGAGCCUCCUCCGCCGUACGCAGCCUACAAAUACCCUGAUAUCCAGCACCCCGACGACCCCCCUCCUCCGUACGAAGCCUCCAUCAACCCAGACAGCCUCCUCUACGUGGACCUCGGACACAACGGGGUUUCCAUGGUGCCGAGCCAGAUGAACGCCAUGGGAGACGGGCUCCAGUCCGAUAUUCCCAACGCCCCUGCCCCUGUGCCAGCCUCGGCGCCAUCCUCUCAGGAGAGGGAGGACUCCAUAGAUAGCAGCACCCUCCUGGUGGGGCCCGACACCCCGACAGAUGGCCACGCCCCCGCUUCCAUGCCCACGGACUGCGCCUCCACCCUCAGCACCGUAGUAUAAUAGGACUGUGGACGGACGGCGGGGAGCUGCAUCCGGACAUUACCUGCUGGUUGAGGAAGGUCAUGAGUGCAUUCUGCACCAAGAGAGGACGCAGCAGACGGUGGCGUCAUUUGUCAAAGUGCUGACUGCAGGGAGUUAAAGUUUGUACAGACACAUCAGAAGCGGCGCACUUCUUUCAAGUGCAAGGAUGCCCUCUUUCUGAAGACUCUCCUGCAGUUGGCCUUCUGAGUUUUUUUUUUUUUUAAACACUGGCAUCUGAGGGAGCAGAGCAGACUGUUUCUGUACAGAGAAAAAAAAACACUACAUCGAGGCUGCGAAGGCUGCACUUUUACUUCUAGCAUCGACUAAGCAAAGCUUUUGAAACAUCUCAGAGUUGGUCCGAUUGGUCAAGAAGCCCUGAUGUAAAUACCCCUUCAGGUCUGCGCCGGUCAAAUUUGUAGUACCUGUGUGUCACAGUCCAGCACAAGGUUAAAAAUGACAGACGGACAGUGACACCAGCUAUUGUCCCUUGUGCGUUUUUGUUUGCAUCUUACUGUUGUUCAAACGGACGUAUCUGUGUUGAUCUGUUGGUCUCCAGGCUACAACAAUGUUCUCAUCGGCCCUGUCUGUCACGGCAUGUCCCCAGAUCUCGAUUUCUUUCUUUUUUUUUUUAAAGAUAUGUUUUUGGGCAUUUUAGCCUUUAAUUGAUAGGACAGACAAGUGUGAAAGGGGAGAGAGAGAGGGAGUGACAUGCAGCAAAGGGCCACAGGCUGGAGUCGAACCCGGGCCGCUGCGGCAACAGCCUUGUACAUGGGGCGCCUGCUCUAUCCACUAAGCCACCGACGCCCCCAGAUCUCAAUUUCUACUUGCUCAUAAGAAUCUACUGUGCCCUCACUUUCUUAUUAGUCUGAUACAUGACGCUGUCUUCCAGGUUUAUAGCGCAUAUUUGCAGCAAAAGUUUUGUAACUAAGAGGUUUAACCUUGCGAGAAAGAAUGGUUAGUUUCCUGCUUGUAGGGGGUUUUUAUUAGGUAAUGCUGACACAAGGCAUUAUGUAUCAAGGAAUGUUGUGGUACUGAUAAAUAUCUGAGUUUGUUAUUGUGUUAUUUUGAUAAUUUAUGACUGCAGGCUGUAAUCUUGAUUGUUUUAUUGUGGGAUCAGCAAGAGGAAGCGAUGAAGCUUUUCAAGUGUACGUGUGAAGACUAGGGAAGACAUCCCUUUAUUAAAUUUGAGUCAAUUUAUUUGAGAUAAACUGUUCCAAUCAUGAAGUGGUUUAAUCAUGCAGACGGUCCCAUUGUUGUUACUUUAUUAUUAAGUCUUCGCUGCAUAGUUGUGUAUUUGCUAACUGAACCAUGUUUAGUAAUUCAAAGCUCAAUGUUUUGCACGCUCAUCCCUCGAUUAAAUCAGGGUUUUUGUUUCCUUUUUUCGGCGGAGGGGAGAAGUUUGUCACAUCUGGAUGCUGCCCCUCUGUUCUUGAUGUAUUUGUAUGUGUAAUUCUUCAUGCGAUACAUCUGUUAUCUCAGUUAUUGAGGUCGUUUUCAGCUACUGACGGAGCUGUGAGUCUUUUUUUUCUGUUUGGUGUUGAUGGGUCUGUUACCGUCCUUGUUUCUCAGUGGGAUCGAAGUAAAACAAUUGUAAUAAAAGAGAAGUGUAAACUUGUAUAUCUGGAACUUGUUAAGACCCAUUUUGUGGUGACAAUCGCUCGAUUUUACUCAAGGAUGAAUUUUACAAAACCUGAAGAUCAGAGUCGACCCACAACCACCAGCAUUCAAAACCGCUUUUGAUCUGCCUCAAGAAAACCAGCUGUAAAUGUGUGUCUGAAUGCACGUCUGUGUAUCUCAUGUUUGAAUGUACUGUAUGUUUAAAACUUAACUUUAAAACUUUUUUUUUUUUUUUUUGUGCUCAAGCUUACUUUCCCCAUUUUUCUUUUGAUUUUCUUUUUGGCAUUGACAAUCCACAGCGGAUUACCCAACAAACAAAAUCUCAUAAAUUGUGGAAAAGAAGUAGCGUCUGCAUGUGCGUGUGUGUGUCUGUGUGUGUGUGUAGGAGACGGUGUUCUGGUUUGGAUUUUUCCUUUUCAUCAAGUUUGUUUUGGUUUUAUUUUCCAACCUGCUUUCUGGAGCUGCGGUGCAUGUUUUUAUCUUUUGGCAUGCUGAGAGAUUUUUCUUUUGAUGGAAAUAUUUUUAGUCUGUCCUGUACAGUAGGUUCAAAGAAAUAUAGUUUAACAUCUCCGUGUGCAUCGAAAAAACCUGCCCAUGACCCCAACAGCUGCAUUUACACUGUAGUUUCUGUGCUAGACUAUGGUGGUGUGACAACUAAUUUUAUUGGAUUUGAAAUGUUUUAUGUAUAAUACAGCAAAUGCUACA